AUGGCUGAAAGAGCAAACGGAAAAACCCCCCACCCAUGCCUUCAGUCGAUCAUCCUUUCGUUUCGCAGUGACCUGCAGGAUGCUUAUCGGGCACCCCAUGACUCCUCCGCUUUACCCCCGGCGGCAGCCGCGUUAAGUCGGAAGUUCAACCACACACCCAGUUUGAAGAAGCUGCUCAGACGAGAGCUUUGCACGGCCUCUAUGGGGAUUGACUUCCUUAUUAGGAGGAUCAUAUCCGGGGAGAUCGAGGACCUCGACCAGCGGAUAGUGGAGAUGUGUCCUAUUGGGUUCACUCUGGCGGCGGCUCAUGAGCUUUGGGAUCCAUUGACGGACCAACAGAAGGCGAAUGUCACGAAUUGGCUCGUGAGUGUAAAUGACCGGGAAAUGCUUAACACAAAUUGGCUCUGGUUCCAAGUCUUCGCCAACCUGAGCCUCAAGAGGAACGGCGCACCUUACUCCCAUGUACGCAUCGAUGCCGGUAUGGAUCAUUUGGACACCUUCCAUGUAGGAGGAGGCUGGAGUAACAAUGGUCCCGAGAGCCACCAUUAG